GCCGCGUUCCUGCGCGCGCUCCGAGCCUUCGCCUCUCCCCGGCAAAGUUUGGAGGAGGCAACGCGGAGCCCGAGUCCUUUCUUCCCGUCGCCCCCCCAAACCCGAGCGCUGCCCCGGCGUCAUGCCCGCGAUCCUCCGCAGCCCGGGGCGCGCGUGAAGCCUGGCAGCCCCCGCGCGGCCACGGUCCCCGGACCUUGCUCCUCUCUUUUCGGAGUUUGCCUCCCCGGCUCGUCGCUGGCUCCAUCCCGACCCACUCCGGACGCCGGCGCCGCACGGAUCGCCGAGGAGCGUUGCCAUUCAAGAGGUGGCGGCGGCCGCUGCCCUGGAAGCAGUCCUUGGAGCGGCCGCGAGCUGAGCCCUGUUCCCGCAGCAUCGCCCUGGCUCCUGAGCCCCCAGCGGGCCGAAGGCAUUGCACACAGCCCAUGCCCCUAGAGGAAGGGUGCAGAUGGGAUUACCGUCCACAUGGAGAUAUGGAAGAGGACCGGGGAUUGGCACUGUGACCAUGGUCAGCUGGGGGCGCUUCAUCUGCCUGGUCUUGGUCACCAUGGCAACCUUGUCCCUGGCCAGGCCCUCCUUCAGUUUAGUUGAAGAUACCACACUAGAACCCGAAGAGCCACCAACCAAAUACCAAAUCUCCCAACCAGAAGUGUACGUGGCCGCGCCAGGGGAGCCGCUAGAGUUGCGUUGCCUGUUGAAAGAUGCCGCCGUGAUCAGUUGGACUAAGGAUGGGGUACACUUGGGGCCCAACAAUAGGACAGUGCUUAUUGGGGAGUACUUGCAGAUUAAAGGCGCCACGCCUAGAGACUCCGGCCUCUAUGCUUGUACUGCAGCUAGGACGGUAGACAGUGAAACUUUGUACUACAUGGUGAAUGUCACAGAUGCCAUCUCUUCUGGAGAUGAUGAGGACGACACAGAUGGCUCCGAAGAUUUUGUCAGUGAGAGCAGUAACAACAAGAGGGCGCCGUACUGGACCAACACGGACAAGAUGGAGAAACGGCUGCACGCGGUCCCCGCGGCCAACACCGUGAAGUUCCGCUGUCCAGCUGGGGGGAGCCCGACCCCCACCAUGCGGUGGCUGAAGAAUGGCAAGGAGUUUAAGCAGGAGCAUCGCAUUGGCGGCUACAAGGUACGAAACCAGCACUGGAGCCUUAUUAUGGAAAGUGUGGUCCCAUCUGAUAAAGGAAAUUAUACCUGCGUGGUGGAGAACGAAUACGGGUCCAUCAAUCACACCUACCACCUUGACGUCGUUGAGCGAUCUCCACACCGGCCCAUCCUCCAGGCUGGGCUACCUGCAAACACUUCUACGGUGGUUGGAGGAGAUGUGGAGUUUGUCUGCAAAGUUUACAGCGACGCCCAGCCCCACAUCCAGUGGAUCAAACACGUUGAAAAGAACGGCAGUAAAUAUGGACCCGAUGGGCUGCCUUACCUCAAAGUCCUGAAGCACUCGGGGAUAAAUAGUUCCAAUGCAGAAGUGCUGGCUCUGUUCAAUGUGACUGAGGCGGAUGCUGGGGAAUAUAUAUGUAAGGUCUCCAAUUAUAUAGGGCAGGCUAACCAGUCUGCCUGGCUCACAGUCCUGCCCAAACAGCAAGCACCCGUGAGAGAAAAGGAGAUCACAGCUUCCCCAGAUUACCUGGAGAUAGCCAUUUACUGCAUAGGGGUCUUCCUAAUUGCCUGUAUGGUGGUGACAGUCAUCCUCUGCCGAAUGAAGACCACGACCAAGAAGCCUGACUUCAGCAGCCAGCCAGCUGUGCACAAGCUGACCAAGCGCAUUCCUCUGAGGAGACAGGUAACAGUUUCGGCUGAGUCCAGCUCCUCCAUGAAUUCCAACACCCCACUGGUGAGGAUAACGACGCGUCUGUCCUCCACAGCAGACACCCCAAUGCUGGCGGGGGUCUCAGAGUACGAACUGCCAGAGGACCCAAAAUGGGAGUUCCCACGAGAUAAGCUGACGCUGGGCAAACCUCUGGGGGAAGGUUGCUUCGGGCAAGUGGUCAUGGCAGAAGCAGUGGGCAUUGACAAAGACAAGCCCAAGGAAGCUGUCACUGUGGCUGUGAAGAUGUUGAAGGACGAUGCCACAGAGAAAGACCUUUCUGAUCUGGUGUCAGAGAUGGAGAUGAUGAAGAUGAUCGGCAGGCACAAGAACAUCAUCAAUCUCCUGGGGGCCUGUACCCAGGACGGGCCACUCUAUGUCAUAGUGGAGUAUGCCUCGAAAGGCAAUCUCCGCGAAUACCUCCGAGCCAGGAGGCCACCUGGAAUGGAGUACUCUUAUGACAUUAACCGCGUUCCUGAGGAGCAGAUGACCUUUAAGGACUUGGUGUCCUCCACUUACCAGCUGGCCAGAGGCAUGGAGUACUUGGCUUCACAAAAAUGCAUCCAUCGAGAUUUAGCAGCCAGAAAUGUGUUGGUAACAGAAAACAACGUGAUGAAAAUAGCAGACUUCGGACUGGCCAGGGAUAUCAACAAUAUAGACUAUUACAAAAAGACCACGAAUGGCCGACUUCCUGUGAAGUGGAUGGCUCCCGAAGCCCUUUUUGAUAGAGUCUACACCCAUCAGAGUGACGUCUGGUCCUUUGGGGUGUUAAUGUGGGAGAUCUUCACAUUAGGAGGCUCGCCCUACCCAGGGAUUCCCGUGGAGGAACUUUUUAAGCUGCUCAAGGAAGGACACAGGAUGGACAAACCGGCCAACUGCACCAAUGAGCUGUAUAUGAUGAUGAGAGACUGCUGGCAUGCGGUGCCCUCACAGAGACCCACGUUCAAGCAGCUGGUGGAGGAUUUGGAUCGGAUUCUAACUCUGACAGCCAACGAGGAAUACUUGGACCUCUCUCAGCCUCUCGAACAGUAUUCACCUAGUUACCCAGACACAAGGAGUUCUUGCUCUUCAGGAGAUGACUCUGUGUUCUCUCCGGACCCCAUGCCUUACGAACCCUGCCUGCCUCAGUACCCUCAUAUAAACGGCAGUGUUAAAACAUGAGCGAAAAGUGUCUUCCUGUCCCCAAACAGGACAGUGCCUGGAAUCUACCUACACUGAACAGGGAGGCCAUGCCUCCUCUGCGAGCUUGUCGCCGUCACGUGUAUAUAUGGAUUCAGAGGAGUAAAUAAUUGGAAACAGACGUGGCACACAUGUAAAGAUUUAUGCAGAUGAAAAUGUGUCACCUUCGCCAGGAAAAGAAUGUUUUGGGAGCAGCGACAGCCACGAGCCGCCAUUUCACCCACUGACCCACCGUGGGUACAGGCGGUGCCCCAGUUGGACUCAAGGCAGACGUGGUCUGCCUUCCUUGUUAAUUUUGUAAUAAUUGGAGAAAAUAUAUGUCAGCACACACUUACAGAGCACAAAUGCAGUAUAUAGGUGCUGGAUGUAUGUAAAUAUAUUCAAAUUAUGUAUAAAUAUAUAUUAUAUAUUUACAAGGAAUUAUUUUUUGUAUUGAUUUUAAAUGGAUGUCCCGAUGCACCUAGAAAAAUUGGUCUCUCUCUCUCUCUGUCUUUAAAUAGAUACUUGCUAAAUGCUGUUCUUAGACAGAAUUUCUUAAUUUUCACCAAGCAGAGGUGAAAAUACUUUUGCUUUCAGGGAAAAUGGUUAUAACAUUAAUUUAUUAAUGAAUUGGUAAUAUACAAAAACGAUUAAUCAUUUUAUAGUUUUUUUUUUUUUUUGGUAAUUUAAGUGGCAUUUCUAUGCAGGCAGCACAGCGGACUAGUUAAUCUAUUGCUUGGACUUAACUAGUUACCAGAUCCUCUGAGAAGAGAAUUAUUUACAGUAUAUGACUAACUUGGGGGAAAAGUGUUUAAUCUGUGUUUAAACUCUGCUGUCAAACGACCGCUGUAUCCACCUAGAUGGCCACAUCGCAAGAGCCCGCUCCCAGGAAGGUGUGCUUUGGCGGUCAGCUCUGCCAUCCAAUCUGUCCCGCCCUUAACCAGGCUUCCCAAGACGAAUGUUCCCAGCAGCCUCGUUCCACGAUGCCUUAGUUCCCUCUCUGAGGACAGACCGCAGUUGGCACAACCGCAGGAUGGCUUCUCCCCGGCAGCUGGCCUCUGCCCCGAGUUGCGCGUCCGUCAGAUGAGCUUGGAUUCUCCUCAGUGGAUUUUGACCACGGCUUCUGGGUUCUUUGUCCUCGGCAAGCCCUUUGGGGAAGGUUCAUGCCAUCCUAGAAAACCCAAACCCAGCAUUCUUCUGCUGAGAGUUUGGGGGAAAUUUCCAUCACCUGAGGGGCUGCCUAUUUCUGACAAGACCACCCCGUAGAUCUGGUCCAGCAGCUGCCCCAGGCAGAAUGUCACCGUAUUGUUGGCUCCGUGUUCAGGCAUCGUGUUUUGCUUUGGAAGCACCCGCUCACCUUGCUAAUAGCCAUGCAACAUGAAUGCAGAUGACACUGAUUUUAUGUGCUAUUACAGAAUUGGAGAAAGUAUUUAAUAAAACCUGUUAAUUUUUAUACUGACAAUAAAAUGUUUCUACAGAUAUUAAUGUUAACAAGACAAAAUAAAUGUCACGCAGCUUAUUUUUUUAA